AUGAGGAAGGAGGAGAAGCGGGUGGCCAUCGUGGGCGCGGGCGUGAGCGGGCUGACGGCAUGCAAGCACGCGCUGGAGCGCGGCUUCCGGCCCACCGUGUACGAGGCCGACACGGUGCUGGGCGGCGUCUGGGCUCGGGUACCGGACUGCACGUCGCUGCAGACGGAGCGGCCCAUGUACCAGUACUCCGACUUCCCAUGGCCGGACACCGUCACCGAGGUGUUCCCCGACCACCAACAGGUGGCCGACUACCUCGCCGCCUACGCGCGCCGCUUCUGCGUGCUCGACUGCAUCAGGUUCGGACAACGGGUGGUCGGGAUGGAGUACGAGGGCGUCGAGGAGGAGGAGGUGGCGGCGUGGGAGGAGUGGGCCGGGACCGGCGAGGCGUUCGGGUCUGGUCAUGGCCAGUGGCGCCUCGCCGUCGCCGACGCCGAGGGCAACAUCCAGACAGAAAAUGCAGACUUCGUGAUUCUUUGCAUUGGGAGGUUUAGUGGUGUUCCCAACAUACCCACAUUCCCUCAAGGCAAAGGUCCAGAAGAAUUUGAUGGGCAGGUGAUGCACACCAUGGACUACUCAAAAAUGGGCACCAAGAAAGCCAAUGAGAUGUUAAAGGGAAAGCGUGUGACUGUCAUUGGCUACCUGAAGUCAGCGCUGGACGUUGCCGCUGAAUGUGCACAAGUAAAUGGUAUUGAGCAACCAUGUACAAUGGUAGUCAGAACAAAGCAUUGGAUCAUACCGGACUAUUAUGCUUGGGGCUUCCCAAUAUCGAAGUUGUAUCUAACUCGCUUUUCAGAACUCCUUAUUCACAAGCCCGGAGAAGGGUUGCUACUCGGCCUCUUGGCCACCAUCUUGACUCCAUUGAGGUGGUUAUUCUCAAAGUUUGCUGAGAGCUACUACUCAAUUCCCAUGAAGAAGCAUGACAUGGUGCCUGAGCAUAGCCUUUUUGAGGCACUAGUGACAUGCUUGAUUGCCAUUACACCAAAAGAUCACUACAAGAGACUAGACGAAGGCAGCAUAAUUCUGAAGAAAUCAAAGACCUUUAGCUUCUGCAAGGACGGGGUUCUUGUUGAAGGUGAACCUUCACCGAUCAAGAGUGAUAUAGUUAUCUUUGGAACGGGAUUCAAGGGUGAUCAGAAGAUCAAAGACAUGUUUAUGUCAGACUACUUUCAAAGUAUUGCAGUUGGACAAAUAUUCUCAACAGUACCUCUCUACAGGGAAUGCAUACAUCCUAAGAUUCCACAGCUCGCAGUCCUUGGUUAUUCGGAGAGCUUGGCAAAUCUCUACACUGCAGAGAUUCGGGCCAAGUGGCUGGCGCACUUCAUGGAUGGUGGAUUUAGAUUGCCAAGCGUCAAUGCAAUGCAGAGCGAUAUCCUUGAGUGGGAGAAGUUCAUGAAGCGCUACUCUCGUGGUUACUUCCGUAGGUCUUGCAUUGGAAUUCUUCAUAUCUGGUACAAUGAUCAGCUAUGCCGGGACAUGGGAUGCAACCCUAGAAGAAAGAGUGGAUUUUUUGCUGAAUUAUUUGAGGUCUAUGGCCCUGCUGAUUAUAUUAAUCUUCGCCCCAAGUAAAUAAUUAAGAUCAGGUCACGGAGGAUGCUUAUGUGUGGCACUUAUCUACCCAUCUCGGAAGAUCUCCAUAUGCUUCCUU